UUUUGACAGGUGGGAUUGCCAGUGUAAGUUUUAUAUAUAUAUUUAUAUAUAUAUGAUAAAUAGAUUAAAGUAGUAUAAAAGCUGUACUUGUUGUUAUGGUAUUAUGAUAUGAUUUUGGCAGCUCUAUGUAUUUGGAUAGCUUUAGGUAUCAUCUGGAUUCGAAUUGAUAUGUUUGCUCAAUAUGGCGUUGAUGUCUUAGAAGAGCAGCCAGGAAAUGAUACCAUGAUGAAGUCUUUAAACCAACACUUUUGGAGAAAAAUGAAAAGUACAAUGUUAGCUCAAUCUUAUUAUGGAUCCACAGUCUUUGAUGAUGCUCUACUUGCUGAAUGGCGUAAUGAUAUUUACACUAAAUAUGGGCCAAUGUUGCAACUAAUUCUCUUAUUUACAUGGAAAAGGCCUGCAAAAACUCGCAUACUUCUUAUCAUCAUCGCAAGUUCAUCUUUUUGUUUAUCAUUCAUUCCUCUUCGAUUCAUCGCUAAAAUCAUGUUUUUCUAUAUUGGAUUUGAAUUUUUACAUCGUCGUUUAUUUAAUAUAUUGAAUUUGUUAUUAUGGGAUAUUCCUAAUGAUGCUGAAUAUGCUAUAGAAGUCAUACAUUUAUCUCGUAAGAAUGAAAGUCGUGGUAAUGAUGAUAGUAGUCAAACAGCAAAAUCCCGUAACAAGUCAUUAUCUGCCUCUAUGUCCGAUCUGUCAGCAGUGAAUGAAUCAGCUACAUCCACUACAACUACAUUCGCCAUGUUGGCAGCAGCUGCGGCUGUUAAUAAAAUUAAAAAGACAGUUGAUAAUCAUGCAACUAAGAAAAAGAAGGAGAUAGAAGAACUUAUUCCUCCUGAUAAUCGUCCUGACUGCUUUGGAUGUAUGUAUAAAGGUAGUAUUCCUGGACGUAUUUAUCUUAAAAGAAAUGCAUUUAUAUUUCAAACAUCAAGAAUGACGGGCAGUAAAGUUUUAGUUGAAUGUGCAUUUCGUGAUGUUAUAGGUGUCAAGAAAACAAAGCAGUAUGAUAUGUUUGUAUUACGUUCACAUGGUAUUGAUAUUAGUACAACUGAUGGUAUGAUUCUUAAGUUUGAAAAUGUACUUCAUAGAGAUGAAUGUUUCAAUCGCUUGGUAUCUGCUUCUAGUAAAGAUGGUGGUGAAUGGAAGAAAAUGUAAUAAACUAUUUUUUUACUCCAUUUUGAUUAU